GCGGCGGCCUCAGUUCUAGUUGCAUCACCAACGAGUGCACACGCCAAUAUGUUUUCGCCGCGAUUGCUUGCGGUAUUCGCUGUCCUUGCAACAGCCGCUGCCGUGCCGGUAACCGAGCGCCCGGUGCCGCAACCCAUCACAACAAUAUAUAAUGAAGAUUUUGAAAAUCCGUGGUUAAGCUUCCCGAUCUUUGGUAACUUGUUCGCUCCCUUGUGGAAAUUGUUCCCGACUUUCGCCGACAUCGGACCCAGAAUCAUCGCUGAUGACGACAAAUUCCAAGUUGUUGUGAACGUCAAGGACUACAAGAAAGAUGACCUGAAGGUUAAGGUGAAGGGUGACUUCAUCUUCAUCCAGGGCUCACACGAGGCCAAACAGGACGACCGUGACAUCUUCGCCAGCCAGUUCUUCCACACAUACACACUGCCUGCAAACUCCAGCGGUACCGACGUCUCUGCAGAGCUGACCAAUGACGGGAACCUGAUUGUGACCGCUCCAGUCAAUGGCCCCGUCGACAGAACAAAGGACGUCGACCGGGAAGUGCCCAUUGUUGAGACUGGGAAGCCGUUCAAAGACGAUAAAGUAGAGAAAACAACCGCCCUGCCCGCUGUGACAGCCGCUGAGGAAGACGACCGAAAAGAACCAACGACCCCCGCCGAGAAGGAAGAGAUAACCGAAAAAGAUAAUGUAAUCCCUCAUGGGAAUGAAGUCGCGGUAUAAAGUGAUAAAACUAGAAUAAGUAUUUAAUUAUAAAUCAGUAUUUUAAUAAAUAUUUUUUUUUAUAA